UUCUGUUACGGGUGUUGUUCGUCUGUUCAGAGAAUAUUCCCAUCAGGAUCAAGUGAAGAGUUUACUGAAGGACAGCGAGAACAUGAGUGAUCCAGAACCCUGCAGAAUUAAACCUGAAGAUACUGAACAACAAAUAGACCUUAUUGAAGAAAAUGAGGUGAGUAAAGAGGAGGAACAUCAUGUCAAAAUUGAGGAAAAAAAUAAUUUACAGACUUGCAGUAUUUUGAAAAAGAGAGACAAGAAACCAUUCACCUGCACUCAGUGUGGGAAGAGCUUCAGCCAAUCAUCAAUCCUUAAUAAACACAUGAAGAUCCACACUGGAGAGAAACCAUUCAGAUGCACCAAGUGUGGAAAGAGUUUCUGCCAGUCAUCACAACUUACUCAACACAUGAGGAUCCACACUGGAGAGAAACCAUUCACAUGCACUCAGUGUGGGAAGAGUUUCAGCCAAUCAUCACACCUUAAUAAACACAAGACAAUCCACGCUGGAGAGAAACCAUUCACAUGUAUUCAUUGUGGGAAGAGCUUCAGCCAAUCAUCAAACCUUAAUAGACACAUGAAGAUUCGCACUGGAGAGAAACCAUUCACCUGCACUCAGUGUGGGAAGAGCUUCUGCCAGUCAUCACAACUAACUCAACACAUGAGGAUCCACACUGGAGAGAAACCAUUGACAUGCACUCAGUGUGGGAAGAGCUACAGACAAAAAUCAACUCUUAAUAAACACAAGAAAAUUCACACUGGGGAGAAACCAUUCAGAUGCACUCAGUGUGGGAAGAGUUUCACCUUCUCAUCAAACUAUAAAAAGCACAUGAGGAUCCACACUGGAGAGAAACCGUUCACAUGUUCUCAGUGUGGGAAGAGCUUCAUCUUCUCGUCAAACCUUAAUCAACACAUGAGGAUCUACAAUGGAGAGAAACCGUUCACAUGCACUCACUGUGAGAAGAGCUUCAGCCGAUCUUCAAGUCUUAAACUACACAUGAAGAUCCACACUGAAGCUCAAGUGAAGAGUUUACUGAAGGACAGCGAGAACAUGAGUGAUCCAGAACCCUGCAGAAUUAAACCUGAAGAUACUGAACAACAAAUAGACCUAAUUGAAGAAAAUGUUGCGAGUAAAGAGGAGGAACAUCAUGUCAAAGUUGAGGAAAAAAAUCAUUUACAGACUUGCAGUAUUUUAAAAACGAGAGACAAGAAACCGUUGACAUGCGCUCAGUGUGGGAAGAGCUUCAGCCAAUCAUCAAUCCUCAAUAGACACAUGAAGAUCCACAAUGAAGAGAAACCAUUCACAUGCACUGAAUGUGGGAAGAGUUUCUACCAGUCAUCACAACUUACUCCACACAUGAGGAUCCACACCGGAGAGAAACCAUUCACAUGCACUCAGUGUGGGAAGAGUUUCAGACUAAUAUCAACCCUUAAUACACACAAGAAAAUCCACACUGGAGAGAAACCGUUCACAUGCACUCUGUGUGGGAAGAGUUUCAUCUUCUCAUCAAACUAUAAUAAACACAUGAGGAUUCACAGUGGAGAGAAACCGUUCACAUGUUCUCAGUGUGGGAAGAGUUUCAGCGUCUCCUCAUACCUCAAUCAACACAUGAGGAUCCACACUGGAGAGAAACCAUACACAUGCCCUCACUGUGGGCAGAGUUUCAGACAAAUAUCAACCCUUAAUCGACACAUGGAGAUCCACACUGGAGAGAAACCAUUCAGAUGCACUCAGUGUGGGAAGAGCUUCAUCUUCGAAUCAAACUAUAAUCAACACGUAAGGAUUCACAGUAGAUAGAAACCAUUCACGUGUUCUCAGUGUGGGAAGAGUUUCAGCGUGUUGUCAUACCUUACUCAACACAUGAAGAUCCACACUGGAAUGAAACCGUUCAGAUGCACUCAGUGUGGGAAGAGCUUCAGCAAAUCUUCACUUCUUAAACUACACAUGAAGGUCCACACUGGAGUAGGCAUGGAACGAUAACGGUUUUCAAGGUUUGGUGGAAAAUUCUUUUUAUUUACUCCGUUGUAGAGCUGCACAAUUCUGGCUAAAAUGAGAAUCGCGUUUUUUUUUUUUUUUUUUUUU